GUAAUAUUGAAUAUGUAGUCUGGAAUUAAUUUUGAUAAUAUUUAUAAUUAAUUUCAGAAUAUAAGACUUUAGUAUGAUUUGUUACAUUAUAUAUAUAAAAAAGUAUAUGUAAAAUGUAUAUAUUUAAAAUAGAUCAGAUCAAAGAAAGAAAUAUGAUUGAUUAAGUUUUAUAAAUUUUUAAGUAAUUUAAUUAAGUUAUUAUCUUAGUCUUCGAAUAUGGGAGGAGCAUGCUCUGGAAAAAAACCAUAGCCAAAAUAGAAAUAGCAAUAAUAGGAAUUAAAUAUAGUUGAAUAACCAUAUUUGCAAGUGCAAUCAAUUAGUUAACCAUAAUCAAGGCCACCAGAACAAAGAAGUGAAACUGGGUAAUCUGUUAAGGAAUUACUUUAUUAAUAUAAAAAAUUCACAGAUUUCUUAGGAUUAGUAGGUAAUUUGGAUCAUUUGCCAGCCCAUACUAGAGAAUAAUUGAAUAAUUGUAUAAUUUAGAGAUCCAAUAUAAAUAUACUUAUAUAGAAUAGUAUUAAAAGAAUAAUGAGAGAGUAAAAAAUAAUAAAGAGAGUAGAAGAGAGUGAUUAUUAUUUAAUUCAUAAUGAUGAGAAAUUUGCCAUUACAUUUGUGUAAAUAAUGUAAAGAAUAUCAAAUAUAAUAUUGACUGAACUUCAAUAGGAUUCAAAUUUUUAGGAAGCUUUUCCAAUGUUGAUUGUUUCAUUUGUUGAUUUAGCAACAUAGAUAAGUAAGGAAAUAGAGAAUUUCUAAGAUUUCAAAACUCAUCCAAUCAAACAAUAGAAUACUAAACAUCAAAUUUCUUAAGAUAAUUAUUAAGCAUCAACAAAUAAAUGAUUUCUUU